CUGCGUGGCAGUCCGAUUAUUCCAAUGCAUCCCUCAACCAAGGCAGUUCAGCGGCCGCUCCUUCUUUCAACCCUGGUCUUUGUUGACCUUGAGACUACGGGACUCCCCUCAUCCACGUUCAAACCGGAAAUAACGGAAUUGUGCAUGUUAGCAACAAGUCGCUUUUCCGUAGAACAGUCCGAAGUCACACAUAUUCGAGUUCAAAACAAGUUGAAUCUAUGCUUCUAUCCGAAUCGAACCAUGAACGCCGUUGCAGCUAGGGUUUCCGGACUGAACAAGACUAAUUUAUUUCACCAGAAGGAUUUCGAUUCAACGGCUGUGAAAAUGAUCCAAUUGUUCGUGAAGCGGUUGGACCCGCCGGUCUGUUUUUUGGCUCACAAUGGCAAUCAUUUCGACUUCCCUUUACUUCGCGCCCAGCUGUGUGGAGUUAAAGGGGAAGAGUUCCGUCUUCUGGAUUGUGAAGAUUCGCCCAUUAUCUGCGCCGACACGCUCCCUCUGUUUGCUGAAUUGAACCACCUACUAUUGCCGCGUAAUCCGGGGAAUGAUUCUGGUUUCGAUUCCAUGGAUGAUAGAACGGGCCCUGAUAAUAAGGUAUUUCCUUUGUUGCAUUCAAGUCCGAAAAAACCUAGUGUCUCCUUCCGUUUGGGUGACGUGUACUCACGCGUCUUUGGCUCUGGUCAUGCACACGCACACAGUGCUGAGGGAGACUGCAUCGCUAUGCUGAAGUUGGUGCACCACCUGGGUCUAUCUGCUGUAGAUUGGCUUCAAGUCCACUACACAGAUUUCAACUCUAUCCCGCCAAUGUACCGACACCCAUUAGCCGAUCCACCCAGUGAUCCCACUGACUUUCCUUAUAAAAGGCGCCUCGGUGAUUCAGUAUCCUCUUCAGCGUUGAAAGAUACGGUGGAAGAAUUGAGCAAAUUUCGACUGGAUUAG